AAUUUGUGCCGUGAGCCCAGCAGCGGCCGCACAGUCUCAAAGCCCCGCGGGCGAGCGCAGCAGCUGCGAGCUUCCGAGUCGGAGCCCCGCCGCCUCCCCGUCCAGCCCCCGCGAUGCAGCCCGGCCUGUGAUCAGCACCGACGCCGGAACGCUCCGCCGCACAACUACCUCAGAGCCACCCCGCCCGCCGCACCGCCCCCUCCCCCAGGAGGUCUCUGUAGACAGGGUCCCCUUUUGUGGCCUUGACCCUCCCUCCGUACCUUGGAGUCCCAGAGCUCAAUAAAAUCACUGCCUCCCAGCUGUUUUGACCACAGAAAGGUUUCUACACUGCCGGAGGACGCCCCCGCCUGAGGCCUUUUCAUCCUAGGCCAUGUUCCAGCGCCUCACCAGCCUCUUCUUCAGUACUCCACCUCCCCCCGAGGACCCCGAAUGCCCCCGAGCCUUCGUCUCCGAGGAAGAUGAAGUGGACGGCUGGCUCAUCAUUGACCUGCCGGACAGCUACGCGGCUCCACCUAGCCCCGGGGCCGCCGCUGCCCCCGCAGGCCGCCCCCCGCCCGCGCCCUCCUUGAUGGACGAGAGCUGGUUUGUUACCCCUCCCGCCUGUUUUACUGCAGAGGGGCCCGGACUCGGGCCCGCCCGCCUCCAGAGCAGCCCCCUGGAGGAUCUCCUCAUCGAGCACCCCAGCAUGUCCGUUUACGUCACCGGCAGCACCAUAGUGCUGGAGCCUGGGCCCCCUUCCCCGCACCCCGACGCUGCCCUGCCUGACGGCGACCUUAGCGAAGGGGAGUUGGCGCCCGCCCGCCGCGAGCCCCGGGCCCUGCACCACGCCGCCGCCGCCCCUCUGCCGGCGCGGGCUGCACUGCUGGAGAAGGCAGGCCAGGCGCGGCGGCUGCAGCGGGCCCGGCAGCGGGCCGAGCGCCACGCGCUGAGCGCCAAGGUGGUGCAGCGGCAGAACCGCGCCCGCGAGAGCCGUUCGCGCCGGCCCAAGCACCAGGGCAGCUUCGUCUACCAGCCGUGCCAGCGCCAGUUCAACUACUGAGGGUCCUCCGGCCGAGCCACAGACCCCUCGCCGACUCCCGACCCCUGUCGGGUCCCUCUGCCGCAGCCAGUGUGUUGCUCGAGGAGCGCCCGCAGCCCACCUGGGUUGGACACUGCAACCUCCCUCCUCCUCAAGUGAGGUGGGGUGCUAGUCCCUCUCCCCCCACCUCGAUUUUCCCACCUCUGAUCCGACUCUGAACCCCCUCCUUUCCUUCACCCUACGACCCCAUACCUGGCAUUUAAUCCUCCAUGUCCUUCCUCCUUGACACUCCAUCUUUCCUUCCUUCUCUGGUCCCUGCCCCCAUCUCUGCCUUGACAUUCCCCUUCAUCCUUGCCCCCCGGUCCUGUACCUCUGGCCCACUCUUCCUUCCGCUAGCCUCUUCUCCCACAUGUAGCUCUUUAACCUGCCUUCAAGCCCCACUUUACAAGCCUCACCCUAUCUCAUGUUUGGCACUAUGCUCACUCCUGCUCCCUUAUUCAUUCCCAGUAAUUCCCUCCCAAAUGGAUGGGGGAGUGGACGCUGAGACCAAAGGGUUCUGCCUUUAGUCUCCUCCUUCCCUCUCCCCUUGGAGUUUUUUAGGCCUGGAAAGGUAAAGUAUGUGGAACAGGACUGUGAGAUGUGAGUUAAAGGGAGAAGGUGGAGGGAACUGAGGGAAAGAGGCAGCCUACUGGAAAUGCAGACAGGACAUACAGGUUGAGAAGCUGUAGGGAGCAGGGCACUGCACCAUGGGAACUGGCACUGUGCUUGCUCAGAGAGGCCAAGCCCUCCUCUUGGGUUUGAGCCUGAAGUCUGCCCCCACUUCCCUUGCCUAGAAUCCUACUUUCCAAAUCUCUUCCAGAAAUCCACCCCUCUGCACUCCCCUUAGUCUGAAGGGCUUAAUAUCUUGUUGCCCUACCCUCAACAUGUCACCCCAGGGGUAGAGGCUGGGCAAGGCCCUGCCAUCCUGACCAUCUGUUCACAUGCCCAAGGUGCUAGAACUAGUUUAGGAGAGAUGCAAGCCAGAGGGCUUCUAGGCAGGUAAAGUGCACACCCCAGAGUAAGAAAGCAGAACGAUACUGGGGAGGACAAGCUGUGGGGUGAAGCCAUCCCAAGACUAACAGCUCAGCCUUCAUGUUGCCUCUGGCCUUGUAUUUCACACUCUACCUAGGAUGACUAAUAAAAACACUCCUGGGUAGGAAGCCAGGAGCCCCACUGGCCCAACCCCCAAAUAGUUCCUAUCCAGGGUCGGGGCCUCUGGGGAGCCUCUCAUUUCCUCCCCCAGGGCUCUUCCUUUCUAGUCUGAUGGGGAGAAAUGGUUGCCCUAUGGUUCCCCUUGCCCUCUCCUCCAGUUAAGUAGCUGGAGGAGGGAACCUGGGUGAGAAUUCCUGGGUGAGGCAAGAGGGGACACAGGCAGACAGUGUUGCCCUUCUUGUGGCGGGAGUGAAUUUUGGGCUCAGACACCAGCAACAGCUUCUUGGGAUACCCCGAGUUGCUUCCCUUUUCCUCUAACUGUCCUCUUCUAGUGUGUGCUCUUUCUCCCUUGAAACUUUUAAGAUUUCCUGUUACAUACUAACAUCGGUCUUCCCCUCACUCCAAUUCCAGGUUUCUUGGCCUCACCGCCAAGCUGAGGCUUGGUGGGAAAACUGCGAUCCCAUGAGGGUUAAGGUAGUUGCCCUCCCUGAUCCUAUAGCCCCAAGCCUCAGGUUGGGUAUAUGGAUAAAGGAGCGGGGUAGCCCCAUGGUUGCUGGGAUGGGGACAGAGGAAGUUCCAGUUGGGGUCUCCUAUUCAAGAGAGUAAACCAAAUCUACAGUAAAGGCAGAUCAAAGUCCCUGCACCAGUCCACUAGUGCCCCGGUAGUUGAUAACCUUGCUCCUCUGGCCAAGGUUCUCCUGCAGUUAUAGCCUGGUUGGUUUUAUUCUUCCAGCUACCCUGUGGUCACUUCACAGCCAGUUAGGGUCUUCAGCACUUCUGAGAGCUGAACCUCCCUCCCACUCUUCCUGCCUACUCCUCUGCUGCCAGCUGGGGCAUAGGCUCAGUCCUGGGCAGUCCCCAUGAUCCUUCUGGGUGGGGGGGAGUGAGUUAUAGGGCAUUUGGUUCAAAUUUCAAAGGCCCCUUCCUUACCUGUAUUUCUGGAGGCAACUGUAGUUCUAGAACCCUGCAGUCUCACCACCUGGCUGGUUGUAAGGCUCAUGUGUUUUUGUACUUUCCUAUAGAUUCUGUAGCAUUUGAGUGUAUAGAUUUCUAAGAACCAAUCUACUCAGUCUCCUGCUAGUCUGACUCCUGAAGCAUCAGACCUCGUCAUACUGUAUUGACUGUGUAUGUGCCUUUCACCUUGAGCAUGCUUCAGGAUUUUCUUUUUUUUUAAACCACAGAACUUGAAUACAUGAGGGAACCUGAAUUCACAAAGUCCUAUGCAACCUUAGACAGGAGGGGGUGAGAGAGUCUGUCUUGACUGAUGUUUUCAGAGACUGUGGAGUAGUUUGUAUUAGUUGAUGUCAAUACUACCAGCACUUUGCCAAAACUGAGUAUGUCAGAGGGACCCCUGUUUCUAGAGUGAGACCCAAGACAUCAAAGGGCGACUUACAGUAAUUCCCCAAUAUGUCUGUGUGCUCCCUUCAAGCUGGCUGUCACUUUCCAGCUUUUGCCAGUUUGGCCCCAACAGGGUACCAAGUGUGUAUGAAUGCAGUUUGCUGCUGUUUUGGGGUAUGCCUGCUCCCUAACCCCCACCUGGAACCCUGAUCAAUUUGUUCUGACCUAUAAUGUCUUAGGUGCAACAGGGACCCCACUAGAGCUCUUGGAUGUCUUCUCAGAUCCAUGGGGCUUUAAUGUGAGGGGACUGAAUGCAGACACACCGGAGCCCCUUGUAUCUUCCCUCUUUCCCUGCCACCUAGUUCCACAUGGAACCAACAAGCUGAGUGUAUCCCUCUUAGGUGUUUUGUGUUGAGACUGACUGAAAUGAGAAGACUGUGGUUGACCAUGUUGUGACAUGUUGACAGACUCAAGGACAUAACCACCUCAAUCCAGUCAUGUGGCAUGCCUGUGUAUGUGUAUAACAGGAUUCUGAUUGUUAGGUUUUAAUGUUAUUCCUCUAUGGGAGAAAAAAAAAUUAAUAUAAAGAAAAACAAAUAAAAAUCUAUUUAAAGCACA